UCAGAAUCCUGGAACCUAUAAAACUGUAUACUCCUCGUCUCGACAUCCUCAAAUUUCACACACUCUUUUAAAGUUUUAACAAUGCAAUCUGUAAUUUAUGUCUAACCCAGUACAAAUGUCAGUACCAAUAAGAGCCCCAACGUGGGUCUCAACUCGAAGAAUAUUUGAGCAAAAGCUACAAGACCUUCAUAAAUGUACAAACUUGCACCACAUAAAAGAAGUCCAUGCCCAAGUAAUUAAAAAAGAUCUUCACAAUGAUCUCUACGUAGCACCCAAGUUGAUAUCAGCAUUCUCCCUCUGCCAUCAAAUGAGAUUAGCUGUUCAUGUUUUUAAUCAAAUUCAAGACCCUAAUGUUCAUCUCUAUAAUACAUUGAUUAGAGCCCAUGUCCAAAAUUCUCAACCUUUGUUGGGUUUUGCUACUUUUUUUGAUAUGCAAAAGAAUGGUAUUUUUGCUGAUAAUUUUACUUACCCUUUUCUUUUGAAGGGUUGUAGUGGACAGUCUUGGUUGCCCGUUGUGCAAAUGAUACAUUGUCAUGUUGAAAAGUUUGGAUUUUUAGGUGAUUUAUUUGUGCCCAAUUCGUUGAUUGAUUGUUACUCUAAGUGUGGGUUAAUGGGUGUUGAUUGUGCAGUGAAGUUGUUUAACGAAAUGGGUGAGAGAGAUACUGUUUCUUGGAAUACUAUGAUGAGUGGGUUGGUGAAAGCAGGGGAUGUGGGCAGAGCUCGGAAGCUGUUCGAUGAAAUGCCUGAGAGAGAUGCAGUUAGUUGGAAUACGAUAUUGGAUGCGUAUGUAAAGGCGGGAGAGAUGAGUUGUGCAUUUGAGUUGUUUGAGAAAAUGCCGGAGAGGAAUGUAGUUUCAUGGUCGUCUAUGGUUUUCGGGUACUGUAAAUCGGGAGAUAUGGAAAUGGCGAGGAUGCUGUUUGAAAAGAUGCCAUCCAAGAAUUUGGUUACUUGGACUAUUGUCAUAUCCGGGUUUGCUGAGAAAGGGCUUAUGAAGGAUGCAUUAAAACUGUAUAGUCAGAUGGAGGCAGCUAGAUUACGGCCUGAUGAUGCGACUCUUAUCAGUAUCUUGGCUGCUUGUGCAGAGUCUGGGAUGCUUGGAUUGGGGAAAAGAGUUCAUGCAUCUAUUGAGAGGUUAAAGAUUAAGUGCAGUGUUAAUGUGUCUAAUGCUUUGGUUGAUAUGUAUGCAAAGUGUGGUAAAGUAGAUAUAGCAUUAAGUAUAUUUAAUGGGAUGUCAAAGAGAGAUUUAGUUUCUUGGAAUUGCAUGCUCCAAGGGCUUGCUGUGCAUGGGCAUGGGGAGAAAGCAAUCGAGCUUUUCUCUGCAAUGCAGCAGGAAGGGUUUAAGCCUGAUAAAAUUACUUUUAUUGCUGUUUUAUGUGCUUGUACUCAUGCCGGCUUUCUUGACGAGGGUCUUCGCUAUUUUGACACUAUGGAAAAGGAUUAUGGGAUAGUUCCCCAAAUUGAGCAUUAUGGUUGCAUGGUUGACCUUUUGGGUCGAAGAGGGUGUCUUAAGGAGGCUUUUAGUCUUGUACAGAGCAUGCCAAUGGAACCAAAUGAUGUUAUAUGGGGAACCCUUUUGGGGGCGUGCCGAGUGCAUAAUGCUGUGCCGUUGGCAGAGAAGGUGCUAGAUCGUCUGAGUACACUUGAAGCGUCAGAUCCUGGUAAUUACUCUAUGCUGUCAAAUAUUUUUGCUGCUGCGGGUAAUUGGAGUACUGUUGCCAACAUGAGGUUGCAAAUGAAGAGCACUGGGGUUCAAAAACCAUCAGGGGCUAGUUCCAUUGAGCUGGACGAUGAUGUUCAUGAAUUCACUGUAUUGGACAAAUCACACUCCAAAACAGAUAAGAUUUAUCAUAUGAUUAACAAACUUCGUUGUGACAUGAAGCAGGUUGGCUAUGUCUUUGAUGAAGAGUUAUAGAAAUAGGAAUUUUAUGCUAACAUGAUAUCAUAGCUGCUGUGAUUAUUUUGCUUGAAGACGUAACAUUCGGCUCCAGUACCCAUCAAAAUUGUUGAGCCUCUCUGCAUUUUCACAACUGCCAAAAGUUAACUGGAGAAUAGAAUGCUGAUCAGUAAGGCUAUCCAGCCCUGGGUCGAAGUUCAAGAUGUUUACAACUCGCAGUUCUACUUAUGCCUAUCAAGAAAAUGAGACCAGUGGUAAUAGUACUCAGACUCUGGGUUAUUUGUAGGUGGUUCAUUGGCCAUGGUUUACGUUGCACGGAAAUUUGUCGGGUCCUACAUUUCGGCACUUUGUUUCGGUUUCUAUAAAUCUUCUGAAACUCCCAAACUUUAUAUAUAUAAGCUAAAAACUAUUUUUGUAAAAUAUAUUGUUUCCCCGCCAAGUGUGGUAAUAUAUAUUGAAGAAGCAAUGUAGGGAUUAUACCAUGGAUGCAAAGAGAGUGCUAGUUUUGCAGCAGAAAAGGUCAAGUGAAAUUUUCAGAGGUUAGGUAGCAAAGCAACAAACUCAAAAGGAAAUUGACGACUUGCUGCAGAUAUAUUUAUGAUUAGAAAACUUUAAUGAUGCUGGCUUCUGAGCUAGAUUAUGUACAUUUCGGAGCAACAUUGAUUCUUUUCCUUGUCAUAAAAUAUAUCUACCACUAUUGAAGGAAAUACAAAGUUUUUGCAAA